AUGUUAAACAACAAUUACUAAAGUAAAUUAUUCUUAUAACCAAAACCUAAUGAUUUCAGCAUUUUUGAUGAUUUUGUGUAAAAAGCAAGAAAAAUUUGUCGAACUUCAUAAAAAUCAGUUUCCAAAUAUAAGGAGAGCUCGCUGAGCAUCUCAAAAUAACUCAAAACUGAUAUAAAUUACGAUACGAUAGAAACAAUAAGAAAAUCUAUAUAAAAUCCUUAGAUUAAAAUGGAUAACUAUUUGGAUUAGUAAUUACAUAUAUCUCCUUUUCGAUUUUAAUUACCUAUACGAUUAGAAAAAACCUAACAUUUUUUGUUAGAAAAAAAAAGAAUACCAGGUUGCCUAACGUCACGAAAACUUAAGUCAAAUUUAGAUGGUUAAAUCCAUAAAUCUCUCUAACUUUCCCAAUUUAGAACAAUUUAAUAACAAAAAUCAGAAACUCCAAAUCCUAAUUCAUAACAUUAAACAAAAUUUUUAAUAACAAAGUACUUUUUAUCAAAACCUUUGGUUUGCAUAAAAUCAAAAUAAAAAAGAAAAGAAAAACCAUUAUAAGUAGAACUAUUGUGA